CUUGACAGGGAUUAAGUGGAAAAGAUACGUAUGGCAAGGCCCACCUUCUGCCCCUGUUCUCUUUCCGGUGACAGAAGAAGACCCCAUUCUGAGUAGUUUUAGUCGAUGCCUUAAGGCAGAUGUACUUGCUGUUUGGCGGCGAGAUCAAAGACCUGGAAGAAGAGAAUUGUGGAUAUUUUGGUGGGGUAAAGAUCCCAAUUUUGCUGACCUUAUUCACCAUGACUUAUCAGAAGAGGAAGAUGGAGUGUGGGAGAACGGCCUUUCCUAUGAGUGCCGUACUCUGCUUUUCAAGGCAGUUCACAAUCUGUUGGAGAGGUGUUUAAUGAACAGAAACUUUGUACGAAUCGGCAAGUGGUUUGUAAAACCGUAUGAGAAAGAUGAAAAACCUAUAAAUAAAAGUGAACACUUGUCCUGCUCUUUCACCUUUUUCUUGCAUGGAGACAGCAAUGUUUGUACCAGUGUGGAAAUUAACCAACAUCAACCUGUAUACCUUCUCAGUGAAGAGCAUGUCACCCUUGCUCAACAGUCUAAUAGCCCAUUUCAAGUUAUCUUAAGUCCAUUUGGACUAAAUGGCACUCUCACGGGACAGGCAUUCAAGAUGUCUGAUUCAGCUACAAAAAAAUUAAUUGGUGAAUGGAAACAGUUCUAUCCUAUUUCAUGUGGUUUGAAGGAGAUGUCUGAAGAGAAGCAGGAAGAUAUGGAUUGGGAAGAUGAUUCUUUGGCUGCAGUAGAAGUUCUUGUUGCGGGUGUCCGAAUGAUCUACCCAGCUUGCUUUGUUUUAGUCCCUCAAUCAGACAUUCCUGCUCCUAGCUCUGUGGGAUCCUCUCACUGUUCAGCUUCUUGCUUGGGUAUCCAUCAAGUGCCUGCUUCCACAAGAGAUCCUGCUAUGUCUUCAGUUACUCUUACCCCACCCACAUCUCCUGAGGAAGUUCAAGCAGUUGAUCCUCAGUCUGCCCAGAAGUGGGUCAAACUUUCUUCAGUAUCUGAUGGCUUCAACACUGACAGUACUAGCCAUCAUGGAGGGAAAAUACCCAGAAAAUUAGCAAAUCACGUGGUAGAUAGAGUCUGGCAAGAAUGCAACAUGAACAGAUUACAGAACAAGAGGAAGUAUUCUGCUACAUCCAGUGGCCUAUGUGAAGAAGAGUCAGCUGAUAAAAUAGCAUGCUGGGACUUUGUUGAAGCCACACAAAGAACAACCUGCAGUUGUUUGAGGCAUAAAAGUCUCAAAACAAGAAAUACUGGGCAACAAGGACAGGCACCAUCUUUAGGGCAGCAACAACAAGUACUUCCUAAGCACAAGACCAAUGAGAAGCAAGAAAAGAGUGAAAAGCCACAAAAACGCCCCUUGACUCCUUUUCACCAUCGUGUAUCUAUUAGUGAUGCUAUUGGCAUGGACACAGACUCAGCCAGCCAAAGACUUGUGGUUUCUGCUGCAGACAGUCAAGUGAGAUUCUCAAACAUCCGUACUAAUGACAUAGCAAAGACCCCGCAGAUGCAUGGGACUGAACUGGCAAAUUCUCCUCAGCCUCCCCCACUUAGUCCUCAUCCGUGUGAUGUGGUUGAUGAAGGAGUGACUAAAACACCUUCAACUCCCCAGAGUCAACAUUUUUAUCAAAUGCCAACACCGGAUCCCUUGGUUCCUACCAAACCAAUGGAAGAUAGAAUAGACAGUUUGUCCCAGUCUUUUCCACCUCCAUUUCAGGAAGCUGUAGAACCUACUGUGUAUGUUGGUACAGCAGUAAACUUGGAAGAAGAUGAAGCUAAUGUAGCCUGGAAGUAUUACAAAGUCCCAAAGAAAAAAGAUGUAGAGUUUUUACCACCUCCGCUUCCAAAUGAUAAAUUCAAGGAUGAUCCAGUUGGACCUUUUGGACAGGAAAGUGUAACAUCAGUUACAGAGUUAAUGGUGCAGUGUAAGAAACCUUUAAAAGUUUCUGAUGAAAUAGUACAGCAAUAUCAAAUUAAAAAUCAGUAUCUUUCAGCAAUAGCAUCUGAUGUAGAACAAGAACCUAAAAUUGAUCCAUAUGCAUUUGUUGAAGGAGAUGAAGAAUUCAUUUUUACUGAUAAGAAAGAUAGACAAAAUAGUGAGAGAGAAACUGGGAAGAAACACAAGGUGGAAGAUGGGACAUCUACUGUUACAGUGUUAUCACAUGAAGAAGAUGCUAUGUCAUUAUUUAGUCCCUCUAAGCAAGAUGCUCCACGUCCUACUAAUCAUGCCCGUCCUCCAUCAACCAGUUUGAUUUAUGACUCAGAUCUGGCUGUCUCUUAUACUGACCUUGAUAACCUCUUCAAUUCUGAUGAAGAUGAAUUAACACCUGGAUCUAAAAAAUCAGCAAGUGGAUUGGAUGAUAAAGCCAGCUCCAAAGAAUCCAAGACAGGAAGUCUGGAUCCAUUAUCUUGCAUAAGCACUGCAGAUCUUCACAAGAUGUAUCCUACACCACCAUCAUUGGAACAACACAUUAUGGGAUUUUCUCCAAUGAAUAUGAAUAAUAAAGAGUAUGGUAGUAUGGAUACAGCCCCUGGAGGAACUGUUCUAGAAGGAAAUAGUUCCAGUAUAGGAACACAGUUCAGAAUUGAGGUUGAGGAGGGAUUCUGUAGCCCCAAACCUUCUGAAAUUAAAGAUUUUUCUUAUGUCUAUAAGCCCGAAAAUUGUCAAGUUCUAGUAGGAUGUUCCAUGUUUGCACCUUUAAAAACUCUACCAAGCCAUUGUCUGCCUCCUAUCAAAUUACCAGAAGAGUGUAUUUACCGGCAAAGUUGGACUGUUGGGAAAUUGGACUUGCUUCCUUCAGGCUCUUCAAUGCCAUUCAUCAAAGAGGGUGAUGGAAGUAAUAUGGAUCAAGAUUAUGGCCCUGCAUACACACCUCAAACCCAUACUUCUUUUGGGAUGCCUCCGAGCAGUGCACCUCCUAGUAAUGGUGGUGCCGGAAUUCUUCCUUCUCCAUCCACCCCUAGAUUUCCAACUCCAAGGACUCCAAGGACUCCAAGGACUCCUCGUGGAGCUGGUGGACCUGCUAGUGCUCAAGGGUCAGUCAAGUAUGAGAAUUCAGACUUGUAUUCACCAGCUUCCACCCCAUCUACAUGCAGACCCCUCAAUUCUGUUGAACCUGCAACUGUCCCUUCAAUUCCUGAAGCACACAGUCUUUAUGUAAACCUCAUCCUUUCAGAAUCAGUUAUGAAUUUGUUUAAAGACUGUAAUUUUGACAGUUGCUGUAUUUGUGUUUGCAACAUGAAUAUCAAGGGUGCCGAUGUUGGAGCUUACAUUCCAGAUCCAACGCAGGAAGCACAGUAUCGGUGUACCUGCGGCUUCAGUGCUGUCAUGAACCGAAAAUUUGGAAAUAAUUCAGGAUUAUUUCUUGAAGAUGAACUUGAUAUCAUAGGACGCAACACAGACUGUGGCAAAGAAGCAGAAAAACGUUUUGAAGCUCUCAGGGCUACCUCUGCUGAAAAUGUUAAUGGAGGCCUAAAGGAAUCUGAAAAGGUGCCUGAUGAGUUGAUAUUACUGCUACAAGAUCAAUGCACUAAUUUAUUUUCACCCUUUGGAGCAGCAGACCAAGAUCCUUUUCCCAAAAUGGGUAUAAUUAGCAAUUGGGUACGUGUUGAAGAGCGGGACUGUUGCAAUGACUGCUAUCUUGCAUUAGAACAUGGACGUCAGUUCAUGGAUAAUAUGUCAGGAGGAAAGGUUGAUGAAGCACUUGUCAAAAGUUCAUGCUUGCAUCCGUGGGCAAAACAAAAUGACGUGAGUAUGCAGUGUUCACAGGAUAUACUUCGAAUGCUCCUCUCUCUUCAGCCAGUUCUUCAAGAUGCUAUUCAGAAAAAAAGAACAGUGAGGCCUUGGGGGGUUCAGGGUCCUCUUACUUGGCAACAGUUUCACAAAAUGGCUGGCCGAGGCUCUUAUGGAACUGAUGAAUCCCCGGAACCACUGCCAAUUCCCACGUUUUUGUUGGGUUAUGAUUAUGAUUUUCUGGUGCUUUCUCCAUUUGCUCUCCCUUACUGGGAGAAACUUAUGCUGGAACCUUAUGGAUCUCAAAGAGAUAUAGCCUAUGUUGUACUCUGUCCAGAGAAUGAUGCUUUGUUAAAUGGAGCCAAAAGCUUUUUUAGAGAUCUUACUGCAAUAUACGAGUCCUGUCGAUUGGGCCAACACAGACCUAUUUCUCGGCUGUUGACGGAUGGGAUCAUGAAAGUGGGAGCUACUGCAUCAAAGAAGCUUUCAGAAAAGCCUGUAACAGAAUGGUUUUCUCAGGUGGCUGAUGGUAACAAUGAAGCAUUUUCUAAACUCAAGCUUUAUGCGCAAGUCUGCAAAUACGAUUUAGGUCCAUAUCUUGCUUCUCAGCCGUUGGACAGCUCUCUUCUCUCCCAGCCAAAUUUAGUUGCCCCUACAAAUCAGUCUUUGCUAACCGCACCUCAGAUGACAAAUACUGGAAACGCUAAUACUACAUCUGCCACCUUAGCAUCUGCGGCAAGUAGCACUAUGACAAUGACUUCAGGUGUUGCCAUAUCUACUUCAGUUGCCACAGCUAAUUCAACUUUGACCACAACUUCAUCUUCAUCAUCUUCCAAUAUGAGUAGUGGAGUGUCAUCAAAUAAACUGCCUUCGUUUCCACCCUUUGGCAGUAUGAACACUAGUGGUUCAGGAUCCAUGUCUGCACAAGCAAGUACAGUUCAGAGUGGCCAGCUAGGAGGACAGCAGUCAUCAUCUCUGCAGGCAGCAGGAAUGUCAGGGGAGUCGGCUUCGCUUCCCACUCAGCCACAUCUUGAUGUGUCAGAAAGCACAAUGGAUCGUGAUAAAGUGGGAAUUCCCACAGAUGGUGAUUCACAUGCAAUUACCUACCCACCUGCAAUUGUUGUUUAUAUAGUUGAUCCUUUUACAUAUGAAAAUAAAGAUGAGAGCACUAACUCGUCUAAUGUAUGGACGUUGGGGCUACUUCGAUGCUUCCUGGAAAUGGUCCAGACUCUUCCUCCUCAUAUCAAGAGUACUGUUUCUGUACAGAUUGUUCCUUGUCAAUACCUAUUACAACCCGUGAAACAUGAAGACAGACAAAUCUACACCCAGCAUUUAAAAUCUCUGGCUUUUUCGGCCUUUACUCAGUGCCGGAGACCACUUCCAACAUCAACCAAUGUAAAAACACUGACUGGGUUUGGUCCAGGCUUAGCUCUGGAAACUGCUCUUAAAAGUCCUGAUAGACCAGAAUGUAUUCGACUUUAUACACCACCUUUUAUUCUGGCUCCUGUGAAGGACAAACAGACAGAGCUAGGAGAGACAUUUGGAGAAGCUGGACAGAAAUACAAUGUUCUUUUUGUGGGCUACUGUUUAUCACAUGAUCAAAGGUGGAUUCUUGCGUCUUGCACAGAUCUAUAUGGAGAGCUUCUAGAAACUUGUAUUAUUAACAUCGAUGUUCCAAAUAGGGCUCGUCGGAAAAAGGGUUCUGCCAGAAGGUUUGGUCUACAAAAACUUUGGGAGUGGUGCUUAGGACUUAUUCAGAUGAGUUCCUUACCAUGGAGAGUAGUAAUUGGUCGCCUUGGUAGGAUUGGACAUGGAGAAUUGAAAGAUUGGAGUUGUUUGCUGAGUCGUCGAAACUUGCAGUCUCUUAGCAAAAGGCUCAAAGACAUGUGUAGGAUGUGUGGCAUAUCUGCUGCAGACUCUCCCAGCAUCCUUAGUGCUUGUUUGGUUGCAAUGGAACCCCAAGGAUCUUUUGUUAUCAUGCCAGAUUCUGUGUCAACUGGUUCUGUUUUUGGAAGAAGCACCACUCUAAAUAUGCAGACGCCUCAGCUAAAUACUCCACAAGAUACAUCAUGUACUCAUAUACUUGUGUUUCCCACUUCUGCUUCUGUGCAAGUAGCUUCAGCUACUUAUACCACUGAAAAUUUGGAUUUAGCUUUCAAUCCCAACAAUGAUGGAGCAGAUGCAAUGGGUAUCUUUGAUUUAUUAGACACAGGAGAUGAUCUUGAUCCUGAUAUCAUUAAUAUCCUUCCUGCAUCUCCAACUACAUCUCCUGUACAUUCUCCAGGUUCUCAUUACCCCCAUGGAGGUGAUGCUGGCAAGGGUCAGGGUACUGAUCGGCUACUUUCAACAGAAUCUCAUGAUGAAGUAACUAAUAUUCUUCAGCAACCAUUGGCCCUUGGAUACUUUGUAUCAACUGCCAAAGCGGGUCCACUACCUGACUGGUUCUGGUCAGCAUGUCCUCAAGCACAAUAUCAAUGUCCCCUUUUUCUUAAGGCCUCUUUGCACCUCCACGUGCCUUCAGUGCAAUCUGACGAACUGCUUCACAGUAAACACUCCCACCCACUUGACUCAAAUCAGACUUCAGAUGUCCUCAGGUUUGUUUUGGAACAGUACAAUGCACUCUCAUGGCUAACCUGUGACCCUGCAAUCCAAGACAGACGCUCGUGUCUCCCAAUUCAUUUUGUGGUGCUGAAUCAGUUAUAUAACUUUAUCAUGAAUAUGCUGUGA